AAAACGGGUAUUGAAUCGACUCUUAAAGAGUCGUGGACAAGUAACAGAGGGAUGCCAAUACUAUACUUGUGGACAGACUUAAUUCAAGAUGAGGCAAAAAAUAUUUUAGAUGCAACGGAAUGCAUCGAUCUGGAUUGUGUUCACUUGGAAAGUGGUAUAUCCGGUAAGCAGAACAACGUGAGUAAAGAGUGUCUAAAUGAGGUGCGCUAUCGAGAGAUUGAAGCGUUUGCCGAGAGAGCUGAGGAGGAGGACUUUAGACGGGGCUUUUUUGAGUGUGAGGUGUGUUUCGAGUCGAGGAGUGGGGAUGACUGUGUGAAGUUCUACCCAUGUGGGCAUAUAUUUUGUAAGCAGUGUGUGACAGCGUUCUAUCGUCAUCAGUUGAAAGAAUUAUCAAUUAAGCGAUUGGAGUGUCUCGACCAGAAAUGUGAAUCACUGGCCAGUGAGAAGCAGCUGAAAACGGUUCUGACAGAUGACGAGAUCGAAUGGUACGAGAAAAUAUUGCUGUUUAAUGGGUUGGAUACAAUGCAAGACGUAGUGAUAUGUCCGAGAAUGUCAUGCGGAGCACAUGUGUUGUUGGACGAGGAUCAGGCGAAAGGAAGUUCACUGUAG